ACCGGAAGCAGGAGCAGCAGCAGCAGCCACGGGAAUUCAAAACUGUAGAGGAUAUUUCUUUUUUAUUUUUUUUAUUUAGCGGAAUAAAUUAUUAUAAACAAUAAUUAAAUUCGUAUGGUAAUUUUAACGGAAGAUAAAGUGACAAAAAACGGAGAAUGUGUUUAUUAAAGAAGCGCGCGAGCUGCGGUUACCAAUGGCGACGCUGACGCUGUGCUGCAGCUGACUAGCCUGAGUUUAUAAACAUGCUCUGAUUUGUCUUGUCUUCCCUGUUUAUAAUGCCGUCCAAACAGAAGAAAGGUCUGAGGGGCUCAAUUGAUGACGUGUUGGGAGAUCUGCUGGGAGACGACACUGAUGAUCUCCCAGUGAAAGCCAGGUCUCCGACUGCAGGACUCGGCAGACCAGCGGGUGUCUUACGAACACAGAGUGGAAAGAGGAACCUUCUAGAUGAUGAGUUCUUCAACAAACUGGCAGAGGAGGCGGAGAAAGACGACGAGGGUUCAGAUGUGUCUGAGGCGGAUCCCAAGGCUUUACUGGAGAGCAUGAAGGACAUUGAUGAUAUGGAUGCUGACUUGUUUGGCUCAAAGAGAAAGCCCAGUUCAGCACCAGCGCUUAGCAAAACCUCCAGAACUGAAACAUCUAAACCAGGAGACAAGAACAAAUCUAAUCAAGCCGCAGGAGUGGACGAGAGGAAGCCCAGCUCUGCUCCCGCUGCUGCAGUGAGGAGCUACAGGAAAUUCAGCUUCAUGGAUGAUGAUGAUGAUGAUGAUGAGGCGGAGUUUCCAGCUGCCAAACAAGAUGAUGUGCAUGAUCCGCUGGAUGACCUGCUGAACGAACUGGAUGAGGAACGACCAAAGAUUACGCCAUCAGGAAAAGCAGGAAAGCAGCCGACAUCCUCUCUGGCUGGACAGAAGAUAGAAGAUCGAGCCACGCCUACACCUGCAGCUACACCUGCAGCUACACCUGCGCCUAAGAAACACAACGAGUUAAACUUUGACGACGAUGAAGACGACCUGAUGGAGGCGCUGGGGUUCAGUGAUGCGCCGAAAGGAAAAGGAACUGGACUUCUGGCCAAAAAAGAGAGUGAGGCUCCUCAGAGACCACGCACCAGACUGGAUGAGAUUCUGGGGAUUGGGACGUCUCAUCACCUGCUGGAGAGACCUGUGACCGGCGAGAAAAAAGACACAACACCCGCAGAGAGAGAGCUACAGAAGAGCUCAGCUGGCAAAGAUUCUGUGACUGGAGACGAAGAUUUAGCGUUUGGCUCGUACCAGCCCACCCUGGUCUCCACUCCAGAGGGACGAAACUCUCGCAGACACUCAGUACGAUUCUCUACUGAGGACAUCAGCUCCACUUCUCCAGAACACAAGCCCAAAUCCUCCACAACCUCCACCGCGACCUCCAGCCGACCUGGCCGCCCCGCUUCAGACUGGCUCGGUCUGAAGCGUGAUGAUGAUGAAGCAGAAAAGCUGGAAGAGCCAAAGAGAGAGAAGAUGGAGGUUACAGGAUCAUCUGAGAGACUGAAGCCUCCUCCUUCUCCAAUAAAUGCAGGAGGAAAACCAUCCAGAUUGACCUCAAAACCCACCGAGGAGCUUAGAGCCGUACCGGACUCUCCAGAAACUUCCAUAACCACAGCAUCCAAAUCACAGCUUAAAAAGAAGGAGGAAGCGGAUGAGGACGACUGGCUGACAGGAGCUCUGAGUAAGAAGAAGGACAGAGAGAAGAGGCAGGAGGAAUCUCUGGAGCUUGGAGAGAAGAUAGACCUGGACACGUUCCUCAGCAAACGAAACACCACCUCGACUCCUCGUAGAGGGACAGAGGACACGCCCCUCCAUCCCAGACAGCCCAGCCGUGAGUCUCUGGUCGUGUCUAGCCGACAGCAGAGCCCCACACCUGCCCCCAAACCCAGCACAGGUACUCAACACACACAUGAGCCAGAACAGAAGCCUGCAGCUGUGAGCACUGCACCUGUCCAGCAGGUGUCUCUGUCUACUGACAGCCUUCAGCAGCUUCUUCUGCAACAGCAGCUGGCUCAGGCUCAGCUCUGGGGUUUAGGGGCACCACUGGACCUCAGUUCCUUACAGAAACAUAGAAGAGACGCAGAACAUCACAGCGAAGACCAGACUGCACUCAAGACCAGGAUCAUACAGCUGGAUGGACAGGUGCGUAGUCUGCAGCUGGAGAAGGAUCAUCUGCAAAUGUUACUGGAUAAUGUCCAACAGCGACACAAACAUGACAUAGACCUUAUGGAGAAUACACACAGAGCUCGUGUGAAGCUGCUGGAGGAGUCUGCGGUGCAGCGGGAGGCACGGGCACACAUGGAGAUCCAGGAGCUGACAGAGCGUCUGGAGGCGGUGCUGAAGCUGGCGCAGCAGGAGAGGGCGGAGCUUCAGGCGCAGCACCAGCGCAGACUGGCACAGAGCCAACAGGAGAGAGACAGAGAGGUGGAGAGACUCCGAGACCUCCAGAGGAAGUCCAUACUGGAGAUGAAGAAGGACCAUGAGGAGCAGGUACAGAGGCUCAGGAGACUGAAGGAUGAGGAGAUUGAUGCAGUGACCAGUGCUACCUCACAGACCAGGUCCCUCACAGCAGUUAUAGAACAGAUGGAACAGUUCUCUCUCAGGCUCGGUGAUCUCUCGUCUCGUGUCGAAAGCACUCAUGAAACCACGACUCAGGGUGUGGAGCUCGGAGCUCGACAGAGAGAUGAACAACUGCGAGUGCUGCAGGAGCGUCUGACUCAGCAGCAGAGGGACAUGGCGGAGGAAAGAACCCGACUCAAAGAAGUCAUAAGCAGGAUGGACACACAGCUGGCCGAGCAGCAGAGACAGCUGCAGCAGGAACGCUGGCGGGUCACAGCAGAGCAGGCUAAAGCUGAGUCAGCGUUACGAGGCCUGGAGGAGGAGAGACGCACCAUGACUCAACACUUCACCAUAGAGAGAGAGGAGCUGGAGAGGGCCAAGAGCGCUCUGUUAGAGGAGCAGCAGUCGGUGAUGCAACGCUGUGCAGAGGAGAGGAGGAAACUCGCUGCAGAGUGGACACACUUUCACGCUCAGGACAAACUGCGAAAGGAGAGAGAGAUGGACAGAGAGGGGCAUAUUAUCAGUAUAGCACAAGAGCAGGCUGAGAUGAAGCUCAGAGCAGGAGAGCUGAAGCAGAGAGAGGAGGUAAUACAGAAGGAGAAAGAGAACCUGGAGAAACUCAGAGGUGAACUGGAAGUGGAGAGAGAGAGACUGAACGCAGCAGCUCUACACCUGAAACACCAAGCUCACGAGGUGGAGAGUCUCAGCAAGUUGGCCUGUGAGCGGUAUGAUGAAGGAGAGCGAGCGCUGCAGGAGGCUCGGCAGGUGGAGGCGGGACAUCAGGCUCGUCUGCGCCACAUCCACAGUGAGCUGGAGCGACUCAGGAAGCAGGAGUACAACCUCCAGCAGGAGAGGAUGAGGAUGACAGAUUAUCACAGAGAGAUGGACAGAAUGAGACACAACCUUCCCACUGACCACAUACCUGUCCAUGUUGAUCCUUUACCUGGACUUUCUGCAGUGUUCAGCAGCACAGCGGUUCAUCCUCCAGCUCCACUGAACAGCAGCAGCUCCAGAUCAAUUUCACCAAAACUACAAGCCACACUCGCUGUACUGAAACACACAGCUGAGAAGGAUCGGGAUUUCCUGCAGGACGAACAGUUCUUCCUCAACACACUAAAACACACUUCAUGCAACUCAACCUUACAUACAUGACAGUAUGAAUUGGGGGCACAUGUACUAGUUCAACAUUCAUUUUUUACCACCUAUCUGAACUACCUCGGGUCACGGGGAGCCUGUGCCUCUCAGGCAGCAUCAGGCAUCGAGGCAGGAUACACACUGGACGGAGUGCCAACCCAUCGCAGGGCACACAC